AUAGCUCGCCAGCACGGCCUCUGACCACAAAGCUGCCGCCGAGCUGCUCACCACCUGCUGCUGCCUGCUGCGACGGAGUGAUGGACAAGCCUGAGCUGUACGGGAGGUACAGUGGACCCAUCGAGGCGGCGGCGGCCAGGGCUCUGGACGAGGUGUGGCCGCUGCUGCGCUGGAGCAGGCCCGCGCUGCCCGUCCUCGACAUCGGCUGUGGACCCGGGGACGUGGCUGCCAAGGUGUUGGCGCCGUGGCUGCCGCGCGGCACCAAGAUCGUGGCGUGCGACAUCAGCGCCGAGAUGCUGCGCUACGCGCAGGCCAACAACUCGCUGCCCGGUGUCGUGGCGUACGAGCGCCUCGACGUGACGGACGCGCUGCAGCUGGAGCAGAGCGGCGUGUGGCGGCGAGGGCCGUACUCCAAGGCGUUCGCCUUCCUGCUGCUCCAGUGGCUGCCCGACAACAGGCUCGCCCUUGGAAACAUCUACAAGCUUCUGGCACCUGGCGGAGAGGUCCUCGUCACGAUAAUCACAAAAAUUUGUUUAUACGAGGCGUAUGAGAAGAUGUCGCAAGAUCCGCGCUGGGAGCCGUACAUGAAGGACUGGCCGAACUUCGUGUCUCCUUACUGUCGCUCAGAGGACGCUGCCAAAGAUUUCCAAGAGAUGCUCCAGAGCGAGGGCUUCGAAGUGUUGCACUGUUCCGUGAGGCCAGAGGCGCUCGCCUUCGCUUCAGAGGAGCAGAUAAGAGUUGUGCUGAAGUCGGUGAAUCCGUUCGUGAAUCGAGUACCUAAGGACCAGAGAGCUGAGUUCCUGGAAGACGUCUUCCAGCGCUUCUGCCGGAUGGAUGGGAUGACAAAGGACGUGGACCCCAUGACGAGGGAGACCAAGUACAACUACAACUACAUGUCGAUGACGGCUUUGGCAAGAAAAGCCACCAAACUUUGCCUCUGAUUCAAUGCUUCCCGCUGAGCACUAGCAACAAUACUUAUCUUGUCUAACGGGAGUACUAACAGCACGCACGUUCUGAAAAUUAUUUGAACACGUUUCUUACGACAGGCCGUCAGUAUUGAAUAAAUAUGUUGUCAGUGAUAGUAUGUCGUUGUCUUUCCCAAUCAAUUAGCCAAAUGUUAAGUUCAUUGCUUUCUACCCUAGUUAACUAGUGUAAGAAGCGCGACAUUUUGGUCAGUAUCAGCACCAUUAUCUUCUGGCGAAACUAAAUGUGACAGGAGUGAGAUUAAUCGAAACAUCACGCAUUUUUGACCAACUCACCACGCCAUCAGUCCCAGAAUGUCAUGUAAACACUGUCAUUAAUUCAUUAAUCACGGCCGAUGACUUAUUUGCACGUAAUCGUCUACGUGAGUUAAUUCUCAUUUCUAUCCGUGUUUGCAAUACCCAUUUAAUUCUAUCAACCAGGCACGCCUUUACUUACCUCCUUAUAUAGCAUGAAGGUGUGAGUUAAAGAGCAUUUCGCUCUCAUGUAAGUAUAUGGCCGAAAGAGUCAGCCGUCAAGAAUUGUGAAACGAACCCUGUCGUCCAGGACCGUGUGCCACAAAGGGUGCAGAUUCGCCACGAGAUGGGGAAACUCACAGGCGUCUAUUGGGGCCUAAGCGCUGUAGUGUGCGAGUGAGAUAGACGAGAACCUACGUCAUAGGGAAACCCAGUAGAAGCCGUUUGUGGCCAAGGAGACGUAGCAGUGUUAAAUAUGGCGGACCUAAGAUCGACCA